UCAUGCGAUGUUGGAAAAUUUGUCUUGUUUAGAUUUUAUGGAAUUUUGUUUCUGUUGCUUGUUAACUGUUUGUGGAAGCAAUUUUUUAUUUUGUCUUUUGUGUUUGUCAACAAAUUUUGAUUGGAAUGAUUUGUUUAUCGAUAUUUGUUUAGCCCUCCAGUCAUCUGAAUAUUUGUUCACUUUGGUUAUUUGAUUAAAAGUUCAAGUUUUGUGUAGUUACCAUUACUCGGAAUAGAAAAUGGUUUUAAUUCUAAGGCUUUUGUUUUCCAUGUGAGUUCUCAUUGAGUUUUAAGUUACUUGGGGGUUCUUAGAGAUUUCAGUCGAAUUUCAAGAUGUUCAAUUUAAUGGCUGCUUUAGCUUAAGUUAACGUUAACAAACAAAUGGUUUCCUGCAAGAUAAUGUAUCCCUGUAUUUGAAAUUGAUAUUUUAGAAUGUUUUUUUAAUUAGUUACAUUUGACAUUAGAGUAAGCACAACUCUCUUAGUAUGAGCACUUUCCCACCAUAAUCAAUGAUCAAUUUAUACUCGGCAGCUUUGCACAAUGCCCUCAAUUGAUUUGCAAGUUUUUUAAAGAAAAUAUUAAUGCUUGUUUUGCUGUAAACUAUUUCUGUAAGUUUGUAAUUGAAACUCCUUUAUCUUUUUUAUUGUGACUGAAACUGACUAUUGCGAUUUGUGAGGGCAUGGUUCUGCCAUAUCGAGCAAUUCCAUGGUGUUGAUAUAGGGUCUAUACAAAUCUAGACAAUAGGCACUUCUCCUAUCAUUCAAGAACAAGAUGUGAUGGAAGACUAUCCAGACAAGAUUCUGAUGAAUUCUGCAGAACAGUGUUGUCCAGUCAUCGAGGUACAGAAUUCUGCAGAGGAAUCAUCUGUGGUUUCCAAUACAGUAACAGGGUCUAGAAGCUCAGAUACUGAAACUGGAGGAUCAUCUGGAAACAGUAUAGGAGCCUGUGAGGGAACUUCUGUGAAAUAUGGUUAUAGAAAUCUUGACACAAACUCUCGAGGAAAAUGCCUAUCUGAUAGUAAGGAGUUAGUUGGCCCAGAUCAGGUAAGUGACAGUCAUGAUGAAUCAGGUAGAAAUAUAAGUAUUGCUGAAGGUAGUACUUCAUUUAAAGAACGACAGUCAUCAGAUCCUGUAUCAAUGAAUGUUUCAACUAACAUGGAUUCUGUCAAUGGCAUUGAAAAUUCAGAGAACGAGGGUUUCUCUCAGAUCUAUCCUGAUAUCAUACAUACAAGCAGUUCAAACUCACCGGGGCAUGGAGAUUCAUGUUCUAAUAGUUUGGCUUUUGACAAUCAUAUGGGUGAAGUAACAGACAUGCCAAAUUCUAAUUCUGAUCCAGUAAAUCAUAGAUCUAAUGUCCCAGUAACCUUUCGCUCAACACAAGAUGAGUCUAUCCAAGAUCCAGUACCUUCAGAUUUAGGACUUCUUGUGCCCAAUAGGGAACAAGGGAGGACAGAUGGAAGUGUACUCCAUGUAGAUGUUGUGAGUAUCUCUUCCAGCAUUUAUUCAAGCAGCAAUUCAGAUACAAGCAGUCGUGAGGCCAGAAGGAAUAGCAGAAGAUUGUUUCGGGACGCGUUUUCAAGGCGCAGUUCUAGGAGGCAUGUUGAUUCUCCUACUAUUGUCUUCUCAACAGAUAAUACUGAUGAUCUUGAAUCCCAUGACAGAUGGCUCCUUGAUUUCAGUGGUGAUUUUUUUGACGACGGGAUAGGCAGUGAUUCUGGAUACAUGAGCAGGAGAAUUCACAGAUUGAAUGAACGAAGACGACACUCAAGAUCUGAGAUCUGGGAAAGACUUCGUGGUGGCCUUGAUGAGAAUGGUCGACGAACAACCUCUUGUCCUUCUGGACUCCACCCUGACGGUACAUGCUCGUGUGAAUCAUUCUUGAUGGCUGAGGAGUCGAGUGCUCGUGGAAGUAUAUCACGAAUAGUCAUGCUUGCUGAAGCUCUAUUUGAGCUGCAGGUUUUGGAUGAAAUCCAUCGUCAGCCCGUGUCACUUUCUCUAUCCAUGAUGUCGCUCCCUGCCCCUGAAUCAGUUGUUGACUCUUUCCCUCUUAAAAAUCACAAAAAGUUGGACAGAGUCAAGGGCAGUGAUGAGGAUGAACAGUGUUACAUUUGCCUGGCCGAGUAUGAGGAAGGUGACAAAAUAAGAGUUCUUCCCUGCCACCACGAAUAUCACAUGGUUUGUGUGGAUAAAUGGCUCAAAGAAAUACAUGGGGUAUGCCCGCUUUGUCGAGGAGAUGUCCGCGAGGGUGGUGCCAGCGAGCCAUCAAUACCAAAUCCAGAAAUUACUUCUACUUGAUUGCUUUGUAAAUAUAAUUGUAUAUAGUGUUAUAUAAAUUCCAUCUCUUGUAAUAUGGUUCCCUGAAGAUUGGAUUCUAUAGAGUAUAGAUCUUACAUAAAGCUAUACGGUAUAUAAGAUUGGAUUCUUGAGCUCCA